GAUGCAGGGCUGGAGCGUCCUGUGGGUGCCGGGCACCGACCACGCCGGCAUCGCCACCCAGGCCAUCGUGGAGCGCUGGCUGUGGCAGCAGCGCCGGCUACGCCGGCAGGACCUGGGCCGGGCCGAGUUCCUGCGCGAGGUUUGGCGCUGGAAGGAGCGGCACGGGGACGAGAUCCUGCAGCAGCUGCGCGCGCUCGGGGCCUCGCUGGACUGGAGCCGCUGCGCCUUCACCAUGGACCCCGGCUUCUCCCGCGCUGUCACCGAGGCCUUCGUGCGGCUCUUCCGGGCGGGGCUGAUCCGGCGCGACCAGCGGGUGGUGACGUGGAGCUGCGCCCUGCGCUCGGCGCUGGCCGACAUCGAGGUGGAGCCCCGUGUCCUGACGGGCCCCACGGCGCUGAAUGUCCCCAACUGUCCCCACCCCGUCACCUUCGGCGUCCUCGUCACCUUCGCCUACCCCGUGGAGGGGGACGACGGGCUGGAGGUGCCCGUGGCCACCACGCGCCCUGAGACGCUCUUCGGGGACGUGGCCGUGGCCGUGCACCCGCAGGACCCACGCUACCAGCACCUGCAGGGCCGGCGCGUGCGGCACCCGUUCAGCGGGGCCCUGCUGCCCGUGGUGGGAGACCCCAGCGUGCAGCCCCAGCUGGGCCCAGGGGCGGUGAAGGUGACCCCCGGGCACAGCCCCCAGGACCUGGCGCUGGCCCGUGCCCACGCGCUGCCGCUGCUCUCGGUCAUCGCCGACGACGGCACCUUGUGUCCCCCGGGGGGGGGGUGGCUGCAGGGUGUCCCCAGGUUCGAGGCCCGUGCCCGGGUGGUGGCAGCGCUGGCGCAGCGGGGGCUGCUCCGGGGGGUGCAGGACCACGCCAUGACCCUGCCCCUGUGCAGCGGUGCUGGGCGUGUCCCCAAAGUCCCCAAACCCCUCCCCCGCAGGGACUGGUGCCUGUCCCGCCAGCUCUGGUGGGGCCACCGGGUCCCCGCCUACCAGGUGCGGGGUGGCUCCGCCCCCGCGUGUCCCCAGGAGGGUCCCCAAGGUCCCCAAGGUCCCCAAGGCGCCGAGGGGGAGGGGCCGUGGUUCGUGGGGCGGAGCGAGGCCGAGGCGCGGGCGGCGGCCGCGGGGGCCCUGGGCUGCGCCCCCCAGGAGCUGCACCUGCAGCAAGACCCCGACGUUUUGGACACCUGGUUCUCCUCCGCCCUCUUCCCCUUCGCCGCCCUGGGCUGGCCCGAGCAGAGCCCCGAUCUGGCCCGUUUUUACCCCAAUUCCGUGCUGGUGACAGGCAGUGACCUCCUGUUCUUCUGGGUGGCCCGGAUGGCCAUGCUGGGCCAGCAGCUCACGGGACAGCUGCCCUUCUCACAGGUGCUGCUGCACGCUCUGGUCCGGGACCCCCAGGGCCGCAAGAUGAGCAAAUCCCUGGGGAACGUCAUCGACCCCCGCGACGUCAUCGGGGGGGCCACGCUGCAG